AUGAAAGGUCCAGUCUCCACCACGGAGACGGCGUGCUCGUCUUCUCUGUCUGCCGUGGGCCUGAUGCACAACAACUUGCGGCCUGUCAUGCCGGAUGAGAGUGUGGACAUGGCCUCCAUGAGGAAGCAGGUGAAGUAUGGCAUUGCCAUUGGAAGCAAUGGGCACUUCGACCCUUUUUACACCAUUGCUCUGUGUGGUGCUUCCAUGUUGUCGCAUGUGGGGCGAUGCUUCACCUUUGACCAGUCAGCGGAUGGCUUCAUCCGUGGUGAGGGCUGCGGAGCCAUGAGCUUUCGGGUGAGCAGUAAGGAGGAUGUUGCAAGGCUUGCAGUGCUGUGUGGCACCUGCUUGAACCAGGACGGCAGGAGUGCCAGUCUAACGGCACCCCAUGGACCCUCGCAGCAGGAGUGCAUCCGUGCUUCCCUGAGAGAAGCUGGUAUCAAGCCUUUGGACAUCCAGAUUCAGGAGCUCCAUGGCACCGGGACCGCUUUAGGUGAUCCCAUCGAGGUGGGCGCCUUGCGGGCGACCAUGAUGCGCUUCGAAGGUCAAGUGAGACAGCAUCCUUUGGUGAAGACCAGCUCGAAAUCCAACUUGGGGCACACAGAGAUGUCAGCAGGGAUCAACGGACUCAUGAAAUGUGUGCUGAUGGGAUGCUUUGCUGUUUCGGCACCGAACAUCCACUUGAGGCUGCUAAACCCUCACAUUGAUGACGCCGCAUACCCGGUCUAUUUCACCCCAGAGUUUGUGGACCAGGGCAAGGAUGAUCGAGAUCCGAUGACGUUGGUGUUCCUGAGCGCCUCACCCGAUGACGUUUGUGCGGCGAUGUCUUCACGCAAGGAACUGAGCACCUUUGUACCGAAGGAGACCGGCUUCUUUGGAGUCUCGUCCUUCGGCUUUGGUGGGUCCAAUGCCCGUGGUGACAUCUGGUGCCGCGCUCAAGCUGGGCAUCGCAACACCGCUCAUGAUCGCUCGAGCAUGAGCUUCGGCUGCGACCGGAUCUUCCGUUGCAUCGAAGCCUUUGGAAGUUUGACCAUGCCCCUUCCAGGCGUUGACCCCUUUGAGACGGAGCAUGGUGACUCCACCGAAGGACUCAGUGGUGAGUACACGGUUGGUGCGAAGCUCCAGGGCAAGACGGAGUACUUCGUUGUGAGCAGUGCCAAUGGUUGGUCCUACGGCAAGAUGACUUGGGACCCAUCCUCCAAGUCGCACUGCUAUGCCAUCAUGAUGGGCGAGGCGCUGUGCGAGCAGUUCCAAAUUUCUUGUGACGGGUUUGACGACCUCAAGAUCUUUCCAGCCACUCAGCUGGCGGAUGAGCAGGCCGUGGUGCUGGGCCCAGGCAUCGCUCCCAGCGGCCCGGGAUCCAGAGGUGACGCGACGCGGUAG